GUCCAAAUCAAUUCCCGGAACUCGGAGAUCCGGCGGCGGCUUCAUAACAAACUUUAAUUUGCAUACGGUGAUAAAAGGAAAAAGAACCAGAGCCAGAAGUUGGCGGAAUUUGCAUCCCUUCCUUUUCAUUCUUGAUCAAUGGCGUUUGGGUGCUGUCCGAAUUCGGACAGCCGGACGGUGUCUAAAGGGUGGAAGAAGUUUUGGGAGAAAGUGAAGUCUGGGUUCUCGAGCAGUUCGAAUUCAGACAGACGGAUGGCGGCGCCGGAGCUGUCGGAGGAACCGAAGGAGAGGAAGAAAACUGAGUCUACGAGCAUUUCGAGUUUAAACGGAUUAACGGUGGCCCCGGAACUGUCGGGGAAACUGACGGUAGCAUCGGUGAGCGAAGAAAAAGCGAAAGAGAGGAAGGCGAUUGAAUCCGGAAGCACUUCGGGUUCAGACGACGGAUGGACGGUGUCUAAAGAGUGGAAGAAACUUUCGGAGAAAGCGAAUGGGACUGAGUUCUCGAGCGGUUCGUAUUCAAACGAAUGUUUGGCGGCACGGGAGCAGUCGGAGAAACCGAAGGAGAGGAAGACGAUUGAGUCUGGAAGCAUUUCAUCGAGUCCAGACGGCCGGACAGUGGGUGAAGAGUGGAAGAAGCUGUUGGAGAAAGCGAAAGAUUGCGAGGUGACCGAGUCCGGGAGCUGUUUGAAUCUAGAGCGGCCGUCGACGGAGAGAUUGACUCUGUUGGAGAAAGCUUUUCAGUCGACGGAAUUGAGCAGCUCCCCCUGUAGAGAGUUCGUGAUCACUGCACAAGCCUUCAAAGAGAUGUCGACUGAUCCUGACGAAACUCUGGUCUUGGGAGAUGACUGCCACAAUAGUUUUAUGGAAGUUUCCAUUCUUGUUGCAGGGAAAUUUGUUUCACUGAUUGGAAUGGAUAUUGAGUUUCUGAUUAUAAAUUAUUUCGGAGGAACUCAUGUUGUUGAUACAUUGAAGUUGCAGACAGGUCAUUAUGAUCAUGCGAGGCUUCAAAACUUGAGGUCUUUGCUAAAGAAAGAGGACUUUGGUUUUGCAGAAAUAGAGGGAUUGAUUAAUAUGUUGGGAGGAGUCAUGGAAAUUUUAAGUUCCAACACUCCUCCACCGGAUUUGGUUUCAGGUUUGAGAAAUCUUGGGGAAUCCUUUCAGACGAUUGUUCAAAUGUUACGCCAGCUUCAUGAGAGAGUAACUCCGGAUACUGGAAUCACAUUGUCAGUGAAUUUGAAGGGUAUUGAGGAUACAAAAGCCGACUUUCAAACCUUUUGUUCGAUGGUAAGGGAUAAAGUUGCACAAGAAAAGGAAAUGUUUGCUUGGGAGACAGGUUGUAAAUCAAAAUCAAAUAAAAUCUUCGACGCUCUGGUUGUCAUGAGAAAUUGGGUGUUCUACGCAGAUGUUGAAACAUACAGACUGGUUCUAGCUCUUCGAUGCAAGAUAUCACUCCAACAAUUAACAUCUGCACUAAGGUCUUUGAAGGAAAGAAAACAAGAGAUGCUACCCUUUGUUGUGUACUGGAUACUUGCAAUGCAUUCGGUUGAGGAAUCUGGAAAUGGGAUGAGAUAUUUGGAUGAAAUGAUGAGUUCCAAUAUAACGAAAUCCAUCCUUCAUGUUGUUUCAAAACUGGAUACCAUAUUGAACGGUUUACGAAUUCCAAUUGCUAGCAGAGUAAGCUGGAAGAAAUUGGUUGCUUGUGAGAAGACUUUGCAGAAGGUUGAGACAAAACUCAAAGAGAUUGAGUCGAAGAUGCAUGCAGGAGGAGAAGCAACAGGAACCCUAAUGCAGGAGGCUGGUACUUCGUUUGAUGGGAGAAGAAAAGACAAGGGCAAGGCCCCUAUGACAGCAGAGAUGGAGCAAAAUGGACAGUCGAGUAAAGGGCAGGGAAGAAAAGCGCCACGCGGACCUGGUAUCUAUAUAAAUGACCCAUCUGAACUCCAGGGAGACAGGCAUACUCAUCCAACCCAAUUUCAUAAGACACGACCCCGAAGAAGAGCAUCUAAGGGGGGCUCAAGUGAUGCUGGAUGCUCAAGGAUUGUUUAAAUCUUCAAUUUUUGUCUAUGCAAAGUGUUGUCUAUGUUGUAUUUUGUGUGAAACUUGGAUGUAGUGUUGUGUGAAGGCCUUUUUGUGCCACUGUGAGUGUAUUUGAUAGACUUGGAAAGCUUGUUUCCAAAUUAGAGUAUUUCAGGGGGUGCAAGUGAUGUUAGACGCUGAAAGAUGUUGUAAGUCUUAAACUUCUCUCUGUGCAAAUUGUUGUCUAUGUUGUAUUUUGUGUGAAACUUUGAUGUAGUGCUGUGCGAAGGUCAAGGUGACUUUCUUGUCUAGCCAAAGACCUUUUUGUGCCACUAGGAGUGUAUUUCCUGAAAUACACUCCUGAACUCUUGAAUAAGGGUUAGAGUACUCUUGUUCUUCUUGAAAUAAAUAUUCCUUUUGUUA